CGCCGCCGCCAGCCGCCGCCGCCGCACGCCUCCCGAGCCGCCGCGGGAAGCAGGAGCCAUGAUGCACGUGAAGAAGUACCUGCUCAAGGGCCUGCAUCGGCUGCAGAAGGGCCCCGGCUACACAUACAAGGAGCUGCUGGUGUGGUACUGUGACAACACCAACACCCAUGGCCCCAAGCGCAUCAUCUGCGAGGGGCCCAAGAAGAAGGCCAUGUGGUUCGUGCUCACCUUGCUCUUCACCUCCCUCGUCUGCUGGCAGUGGGGCCUCUUCAUCAAGACCUACCUGAACUGGGAGGUCAGCGUCUCCCUCUCCAUCGGCUUCAAGACCAUGGACUUCCCCGCCGUCACCAUCUGCAACGCCAGCCCCUUCCAGUACUCCAAAGUCCAGCAUUUGCUGAAGGACCUGGACGAACUGAUGGAGGCAGUCCUGGGGAGGAUCCUGGGUCCCGAGCUCAGCCAGGUCAAUGCCACCAGGACCCUGAACCUCUCCAUCUGGCACCACACGCCCCUGGUCUUUAUCAACGAGCAGAACCCCCACCAUCCAGUGGUUCUGGACCUGUUUGAGGACAACUUCAAUGGCUCAGCAAGCAGCAGCCCGGCACCAGGAAGGCCCUGCAGCGCGCACAGGUGCAAAGUGGCCAUGAGACUAUGCAGCCACAAUGGAACCACGUGCACCUUCCGGAACUUCAGCAGCGCCACCCAGGCCGUGACAGAAUGGUACACCCUGCAGGCCACCAACAUCUUCGCACAGGUUCCAAACCAGGAGCUGGUGGCCAUGGGCUACCCCGCUGAGCGGCUGAUCCUGGCCUGCCUGUUUGGGGCAGAGCCCUGCAACUACAGGAACUUCACGCCUAUCUUCCACCCUGAUUAUGGCAACUGUUACAUCUUCAACUGGGGCAUGACAGAGAAGGCCCUCCCUUCAGCCAACCCCGGAACUGAGUUUGGCCUAAAGCUGAUCCUGGACAUGGGCCAGGAAGACUACGUGCCCUUCCUCACGUCCACGGCCGGCGCCCGGCUGAUGCUUCACGAGCAGAGGUCGUACCCCUUCAUCAAGGAAGAGGGCAUCUACGCCAUGGCGGGGAUGGAGACAUCCAUCGGGGUGCUCGUGGACAAGCUGCAGCGCAAGGGCAAGCCCUACAGCCAGUGCACCAAGAACGGCUCUGACGUCCCCAUCCCAAACCUCUACAGCAGCUACAACACGACCUACUCCAUCCAGGCCUGUAUCCGCUCCUGCUUCCAGGAGCACAUGAUUCGGGAAUGUGGUUGUGGCCACUACCUGUACCCACUGCCCCACAAGAGGAAAUACUGCAACAACCAGGAGUUCCCGGACUGGGCCCAUUGCUACUCGGCCCUUCGCAUCAGCAUGGCGCAGAGGGAGGCCUGCAUCUACGCCUGCAAGGAGUCCUGCAAUGACACUCAGUACAAGAUGACCAUCUCCAUGGCCGUCUGGCCUUCCGAGGCCUCUGAGGACUGGAUUUUCCACGUCUUGUCUCAGGAGCGGGACCAAAGCAGCAAUAUCACCUUGAGCAGGAAGGGGAUUGUCAAGCUCAACAUCUACUUCCAAGAAUUCAACUAUCGCACCAUUGAAGAGUCAGCAGCCAAUAACAUCGUCUGGCUGCUCUCAAACCUGGGUGGACAGUUCGGCUUCUGGAUGGGGGGCUCGGUGCUCUGCCUCAUCGAGUUCGGGGAGAUCAUCAUCGACUUCGUGUGGAUCACCAUCAUCAAGCUGGUGGCCCUCGCCAAGAGUGUGCGGCAGAAGCGGGCCCAGGCUCGCUACGAGGGCCCGCCGCCCACCGUGGCCGAGCUGGUGGAGGCGCACACCAACUUUGGCUUCCAGCCGGACUCAGCCACGCCUGGCCCUGAUGCAGGGGCCUACCCUCAUGAGCAGAAUCCGCCCAUCCCGGGCACCCCACCCCCCAACUAUGACUCCUUGCGCCUGCAGCCUCUGGAUGUCAUCGAGUCUGACAGCGAGGGUGAUGCCAUCUAGAGCCUGCCCUGCCCCUCCCUGCGGGCCAAGAAUUCGAACCUGAGCAGCUGAGACAUCGCCCAAGGCCAGAGUCCAGGUCCCUCCACGGAGAGGCCGGCAGCUCUUGGCCAGCCCCAGGCUGAGGGCUCCGAGGGGUCACGGUGCUGGUAUGGAUAUGGGAACUGUGUUCCUGCCCACACCCUCAACCUGACCUGACCCUUGGCCUGGGAUCCGCGACCCAAAGCACUGUGCCCUGGAGGCAGGGCACUUCCCUCCCAGUGACACCGUCUGCCCCAGAGAUGAAGGCAGGCAGGCACACUGUGCCCUCUGACCCCAGAAGGAGACUUCUUUUCCUCCUGCCUCAGCUGGCCUGGUGAAUAGGUUGAGUGAGGGUAGAGUUGGUGGAGAGCAGGCAUCAGGGUCUUGCCAGGUGGCACAUGUUUUGCUCUGGAAAAUAAAAGUGGAAAACAUAGAGUCUAGUUUUCCUCUUUGUUGGGCUGAGCAUCCAGAGUGCCCUGAUGCAUCUCUGGGGGGUAGAAGGGCAUCAGUGCCAACUUGAGAACAGAGACAUGGCCAAGGAGAGGCCCAAGGUGGUGAUUAAGUUUCCUUCAAGUCGUCCCUGAAAUAGUGACUUUAUGCCUUUUUCAAUGUUGUCCAACUUAUUUCUUUGGGUUUCCAGAAUCGAGAGAGUGAGGGAAGGAGGUAAGGUGGGAUAAAUACUUAAAACUAAAAACUGGCUUAAUCACAAGCAUCUCCAGCAGCUCAAAUGAUGUCUGUUCCCUCUGCCUUCCCAGGCAGGCUCGGCUUACAUUAUAGCAGCAAAGGGCCAUUUGCAACUGCAAACUCACAUCUCCAGGUUAGCAAACCCAGCUAGGAGAGAGCCUUUCUUUCCCAAUUGUCUCAGCAAGCUCCCAGGCUGACUCUCAUUGGUCACUGAGUGGGUCACAUGCCUGCCUCUGAACCAAUCAGUGUGCCCCUUUGGUAGGCUGCCGGAAUUGAUCAGACCCUGCCAAUACCUAAGGCCCCUUGGCCCCUCCACAGAACCACAUGGUCUGAGGGUGAUGGGGACAUGGUUCCUAGGGGUGCCAGAUAAAAUAUAGGCCACCAAGUUAAACUGGAACUUUUUUUUUAAUUUGGCCGCCUGGGUCUUUGUUGCUGCAUGCAGGCUUGCUCUAGUUUUAGCAAGCAGGGUUACUCCUCAUUACGGUGCACGGGCUUCUCAUUGCAGUGGCUUCUCUUGUUAUGGAGCAUCAGGUCUAGGGCGAGCAGGCUUCAGUAGUUGUGGCUCAAGGGCUCCAGAGCACAGGCAGUGUAGUUGCCUGUUGGUGCACUAGCUUAGUUGCCCUGUGGUGUGUGGGAUCUUCCCGGACCAGGGAUCGAACUGGUGUCCCUGCAUUACAAGCAGAUUCUUAACCAAUGAACCACCAGGGAAGCCCGAAAUUGGAACUUUAGAUAGGCAAAUUAAUUUUUUAAUAGACAUCCAUGUAAUAUUGGGGGCAUAUGGUACUAGUAUAAUCAAGAAAACAAACCAGUCAAUCCUAAAGGAAGUCAACCCUGAAUACUUAUUGGAAGGACUGGUGCUGAAGCUCCAAUAUCUUGGCCACCUGAUGCAAACAGACGACUCAUUGGAAAAGACCCUGAUUCUGGGAAAGAUUAAAAGCAAAAGAAGAGGGUGGCAGAGGAUGAGAUGGUUGGAUAGCAUCACCAACUCACUGGAUAUGAACUUGAACAAACUCUGGGAGAUAGUGAGGGACGGGGAGGCCUGGCAUGCUGCAAUCCAGGAGGUUGCAAAGAGUCGGACAUGUCUUAGCAGCUGA